CGUCUGGUUUAAAGUGUGUCUGAAGCCUCACUUGACGUCUAGUCUCUCUCUGUUGGGGUGCACGCGAUUGACCACUCCUUUGGGGCUUUUUUUUCCUUGGAUAUCUAGGGGGGGAAAGCUAAUCCACAAUCAUGACUGACGCGCAGCAAGAGGCCCGCUCCUACUUGAGCGAUGAAAUGCUGGCCGAGUUCAAGGCCGCCUUCGACAUGUUCGACACCGAUGGAGGCGGUGACAUUAGCACCAAGGAGUUGGGAACCGUGAUGAGGAUGUUGGGACAAAACCCAACAAGAGAGGAGCUGGAUGAGAUCAUUGAGGAGGUGGAUGAGGACGGCAGUGGUACCAUCGACUUCGAGGAGUUCUUGGUCAUGAUGGUGAGACUGCUCAAGGAGGACCAGGCCGGCAAGAGCGAGGAAGAGUUGGCGGAGUGCUUCCGUGUUUUCGACAAGAACGCCGAUGGCUACAUCGACAGGGAGGAGUUCUCCCUGAUCAUCCGCAGCUCCGGCGAGCCCAUCACAGAGGAUGAAAUUGAUGAGCUGUUGAGGGAUGGGGACAAAAAUGGCGACGGCAUGCUGGACUUUGACGAAUUCCUCAAGAUGAUGGAGAAUGUGCAGUAAAAGCAGACAUACUCAUGGACAUUCCUCCUCACUCCUGUGAAUCCCACCCCACCUUCGCCCAGUCAGAAUUCAUCUGACCCCCCUCACACUGUUCAAGCACGAUCAAUUCGCUCUCCAUCCUCAGUCACCCUCAACAGAAAGAUUUUGCACCAUGAAGUGAAGACGGCGGGAGGGUCUUUCAUGGUUGGACCAGCUAGACUCUUUCGUGCAUGCAGACUGCUCAUGAAUGUUGUAUCAAGAGGAUGUCUGUAAAGGAGGACUGCGGCUGAUCUCAUUCACAGACCCCUACCCGGGACGACCCCCGCUGCCCCGCCGCCUUUUCUUCAAGCUCUACUCUAGAUGUAGUCCAGAUAAAACAGCUACCUAUUACUUAGACCAAUUCAUUCAAAACCCCUUCACUGUACAAAGAAGUUACCUGCUUGAGUGGCAAGAAGAAUAAAUGAACUAACAACAGGCUCACUUGUAGUCCGUCAUAUUAACAGUCUGUAAAAAUGUUGUUUGAGGAAGAGCAAUAAAAUAAUGUUGUUUCUU